UUAUUAUGAUGUUGCUGUCAACAUGUCAUAGUAAAAUGCUGAGUUCUAUGAGAACAUCUCGUGAAAAAAGAGUAUUCCCGGACUUUCAUUUAUACUCGGAAUUCCGUGACCUUUUAUAUUCAGAAGAUUGGCAACAACUACGUUGGCAUGAUGGUACUUCAACGGUUGAAGUCACUGUCCAGAAUUCAGAUGAAGAAAACGAAUCUUUAGUAUUCAUCAACAAUGGAAACAUGCAGCAUUUGGCGGCUUCGGAAAGCUUAUAUAUCACGAUAAAUUCAAACUUUGCAAUAGAUACAUUGCCUGCUGAAGAAAUACUAGUAGUUACUUCAAUUUUAAAUAAAAAUGCUUUUUUAUGCUUGUUUGCAUUAAUUAAAACGAAAGAUAAUAACUGCUACCGGGAAAUAAUAAAUCAGUUAGUUACUAUUUUACCAACGCCAACAAGAAUAUUUGGUAAUUUCAAUGCUGAACUGCAUCAUCAUCUGGGGACCGUAUAUCCUAAUGCUGAAAUUAAAGGAAGCUUUUACAGCUAUUACAUUAUUUUCUUUCAAUCCGCCACUGAUUUUGGAGUCUUCCAAAAUGAAGACAACGAAAUCUUUGUUAGAAAACUGAUGGCUUUAGCUUUAUUGCUGGACAAUAAAAUAAACAUAGUUUACACAGCCGUUAAAAAUGCAAUCCCUGAAAACCAGAAGAAUACUUAUCAAAAUUUUUUACUCAAUUUUGAAGAGAAAUGGUUGCGAAAUGUUGGCCCCCACCGAAUAUCUUGUUUCAAUAACAUGCUUCAGCUCAGUACCGUCCCUAGAGCUACGGCUAAUGUUUUAAUGAAUUCCAAGAUAAACAAUCAACCAGUCUGGACUAUCUUGCGUGAUGGUAAAAGAGCAAGUCGUAUGACGUGUUUACAAUUAGAUUAUCUAAUUUCGAAAAAUAUUAUGGAUCAAAUUGUGAAGAAUUUAAAAGGGCGACGGCCGAAUUACGUGCAC